GGGUCCUUCUGUAAAUUUAACAGAGUCUUUCGCAGCAAGCCAGCCCGUUUCAUAUUUUGUCCGGCUUGCAAGUUACCACAGCCAUGGCCGACGAGGUCUUCCACACAAUCGACCCCAACGGAGACGUGUUGCUCAUCCUCCGCAGCCCAAACGCGCCGUUUGCGGUUUGGAAUGUAGACAAGGGAACCGAAUCUCUUGCGUCAAAGCGGAUAGGCUGGGAACAGGCUGUCUCGGAGUCCUUCGACCCUCCACCGCCGACGGAUGAUCUAGACGGAUCGGAAUUUGCAACCCACAGCAUCUCGACGAAGAAAAUGAAGAAGGGGAAGAAGAUGAAGAAGAAACCAGGGGGCCGUGAUUCAUCGCUCUGCAUCACCAUGGCAUCGGGCUCGACCUCGACGGAUGCCCUGUCCUGGUCCCAGAAUGAGUCGCAGCAGCUAUCAGAAGCUGAACCGCCCGGCCCGCCGCCCCCAGACCCGCCCGCAGACCCAGAGGAAGAGCCCGCAGAGUCAGAACAAGAGCCCGAGAUCAAAUAUCUCAUUUCGUCGCGGCAUCUUAUGCUAGCAUCAACCAAAUUUGCAGCCGAGUUUGGAGGUCCUUGGAUGGAAGGCUCCGUGAAAAACAUCGACGGCUAUUACCCCAUCAACGCGUCGGACUGGGACCCUGAUGCACUUCUAAUAUUGAUGCGCGUCUUUCACGGGCAAACGAGAAGUGUUCCACGUCAUAUUGGUCUUGAGAUGCUGGCAAAGAUUGCUGUUCUUGUCGACUAUUACGACUCUCCCGAGGUUGUUGAAGUUUUUGCAAACAUCUGGAUCGGUGCGCUCAAGAACAAGCUUCCCACCCAAUACGGCCGAGACAUGGUCCUGUGGCUCCUCAUUUCACACGUUUUUCAACAAGACGACGUCUUCUCCCUAAUGACCAAGAUAGCGGUCAUCCAAAGCACGGAGCCGGUGCCGACCUUGGAGCUUCCGAUUCCUUCGAUCGUAACUGACCUGAUCGACUGGCAGAGACAAGAGGCAGUCGAUUUCAUAUUCAAGACUCUUCAGACUCUCUUGGAGGCUUUCCGUAAGGGGUCGUCUGGAUGCAGCUUUGAAUGUUCCAGCAUGCUCCUCGGGGCCUUGACCAAGGAGAUGGAUAGGCACAAGUUGUUGAAUCCAGUCCCGAAGGAGCCAUACACAGGGUACUCUAUUCUCGACACCGAGAAGAUGGUGAAUAGUUUCCACUGCCCUCAUUGGAAUCACCGCAGAGAUUCCUACUAUAUGGAUUAUCCAGAUAAUCCGGAUUCAUGUAAUCUCAAGAUAAUCAUAUCGACUCUCUUGAAAACUCAACCCAAUGCGGCUAUGGAAGGAUUCAAGCACUCGGAGAUCCAGACGCUGACUCAGAAACGAAGCCCCAAGAUCGAAGACAAGAAGGAUAAUGUUUAGGUUGGGACAUGGACUGCCACAUUCCCACUUGAUUGUCGAGUAGAUCGAUAGCGGAAUUUACUCUUUAGGCCUGUGUGAUCUUGAUGAACAGAGAUGGUGACUUCGUUUUUCUUGCGGGGUAAGUUGGGCGACAGGAUGUCCGAAGCACAGUUUGUCAAAAGGCCACCGGACCAUUCGUGUGUAAACCCUCUUUCACUGGAAAGUUGCCACAAUCUUCUCUGACCUCUCUAGCCUGCAGCGAGUGGCCCGGCUGUCGGGUCCUGUGAAACCUGCGAGAGCUCAAUCCCGAUGUGGAGUGCAGCGUCGCCGCUGCCAUCAUCUGCGAGUAGUGAGGGUGAUGAUGCUGUGCCAUGGUAACUUUGAAAUCUUAUACCUAGCAAUAAUGGAUGUGAAUUGAAUGCAAAACAAAGAGUCUUUAACGAUAAUGAUGUGAAUCGCACUCUGGAUAGACGCACAUGUCCUGCAGCUUCUUGUAGGUUAGUUGGUUGAGCAGUCGCUGUGUGGUCGGCCUCUCUCUGCCUGCUGCAACGCGCCCUGAGCAGGUGCGUCUUCGUUAGCCGCCAUCAAUGGUCUUGAGCAAAUUGCUGAGGAUAAGAGAGGAAGCGCAGAGGGGCUACGGGUUAAUAUAGAUACUUGCACCUGCCUGCGCAAGAUUCAC